AUGUCCGAUACGCUACUGGCUCCGUCGCGGGCGAAGGUUCAUCACAAGUGCGCUGUGUAUUUGGGAAGCAGCACCUUCGUGGAGCUCGAUGAUGAUCCCUCGACAAUCACUCUCGAAGACCUGUGUGAGGCGUUUGGCACCCCGUGGGAAAGCGGUAUGCACGUGAGACACCGUGCCACCGGACGCGUCGUGGCCACACUUCCCUUUGAGCCGAUGCCAUCUCUGGACGACGUGUCAGACGUUACCAUUAAGGCAGAGGUCAUAGCGGCGACCGCAGGCACGGGCGACACAACUCUUCCAACCUUCUCCGGUAACGCUGAGGAGGAGGAUGCCGACGCCGCCGAGGAGGGAGAGACAACCUACGCUGUCAUCUACGACCUGGUUACCCCGACGGCGCCAGGGGAUGGUGAGGACAGCGAGCUGGCGGCCGCUGUAGCAGCGGCUGGUCUUUCGGAGAACCUCUCGGCAGACGCAGACGGUGCUCCCAGCAUCGGAGAGACAAUGCGGCAGCUGGUGGAGCUGGGUGCAGCAGAGUUACUCACGGCGCAACCCUUGUCCGUCUCUCAGGCGAGGCGGGAGUACAAUCCUCCAGACGCCCCGGGGCUUUUGCGUCGAAUCGUGUAUCCCGCGUCUCAGUACUCGCCAUACCGCCUCGAUCGAGACCCGCUCUCUGAAGACAAGCUCUCCCUGUGCCAGUCCUAUGCUGUGGCCACUGGAGCUGCUUCAGGGUCCUCGCCCCUCACCUGCGCUGGCUCGCAUGCGCUGCCGAUGCACGAUCUUGGUGAGGGGGGACCAUACACUAGCUACCUCGAUAGCUACAGCCUGACUUGUCCAAUAGCUAUGUCGUUUGUGGAGUCACCCGUGACGGACAAGAGAGCGGUCGUCAUUCCUCUGUCAGAUGACGAGCAUCAUCGCAUUUUCAGUGCGUGA